UAACGCGUUAUGUAACCCGGUUGGGAAGGCUGGGACAUCUUGUGCGAGCCGUGAGUGGUCCUGAUUCUCGUCGUAAAGUCUCGUCAGUCUGUUUCCAGCUCUCCUCCGCCCUCCAUCCUCUCCGGGCAGAGCGGAGCGGAGGCUGGCACCGUCAGCACGCCAACGAGCCUUUGUGCCUCAGCAGCUGUCUCGCACCCUUUCCGACUGAAAUCAACAACUUCAGACAUUUUGAGUGAAGCUGCUGUGUGAAGCAGAAUGGGACCAUUUCAAGAAUUUGAGGAGAAGAAAUCCUCCGGGAAGGAGAGCCCUCGCAGCCGCAUCCCACGUCUGGUUCUCCAUCCAUUCCAACCCAAGGACAAAGGAUCUCCUCUGUCUGACUCCCCCUUGUCCGAGGAGGAGGGGAAGGAGUGUGACAUCAGUUCCGACCACUCUAAGAGGACCAUCAGCACCAACAGCUUCUGCUCCGAUGACACCGGCUGCCCCACUAGUCAGUCUGUGUCCCCCUCCAAAACCCCGUCAGGCUCAGAGCAGAGUCCCCACGGGUCGCCGAUACUCCCACAGCGCAAAGCCAAAGUGAAGAGGGUGAGGGUGAUGACGGAGUGCUGCAGCAGCGACGCACGGGCCGCACCGAGGCACAAGAGGGAGCUGAGGUCAGCUAUGAAAGCCAGAGGAAGUGAGGCAGACUUCAGCUCCUCCAGCAGCACAGGCAGCCUGAAGACCAGAGAGAACCUCACCUCCAGCUCAGUUGGGAAGAAGGCUCCUUCACGCAGCCGAGGCACUCUCAUCCGAUCGCUCCCAGUGUUCAAACCGGUCGGAGUAGCGACUAUCCACCAUGAUGCAGAACUUUACGCUCCCUACAGGACUUCUCCCAGGGCGGCCUCCUCAACCCACAGCAGCAGCUGCAACUCCAGCCCCACUUCAAGAAGAGCCGGUUUGGGGCGCUACCACUCAUGUGGGGACAACCACGGCAUCAGGCCUCCCAACCCAGAGCAGUACCUGACUCCGCUGCAGCAGAAGGAGGUGGCCCUCAGACACCUGAAGACUCAGCUGUUGGAGUCUGACAACAAAGUUCGAGACAGAGAGACUGAGAUUGAGGAGCUUAAAGCCCAGCUUGGCAGAAUGAGGGAAGACUGGAUUGAGGAGGAAUGUCACAGAGUGGAAGCUCAGCUGUCCCUCAAAGAAGCCCGCAAAGAGAUCAAACAGCUACGUCAGGUGGUGGAGACCAUGAAGAGCAGCCUAAUGGAGAAAGACAAGGGAAUACAGAAGUACUUUAUUGAUAUAAAUAUUCAGAACAGGAAGUUGGAGUCCCUGCUGCAUAGCAUGGAGCUUGCCCAGAGUGGGUCUACCCUCCCCGAUGAAAACGCCUUGGAUUUCAUGUGCGACACCUCUGAGGGGGGUGGGAAAAAGCUGAUUAGGGAGGAAGAAGGUGGGAUGGAGCUGGGACACCAAGGAGCAGAGGCAAUGGCAGACAGUGGGCUGCUGGUAAAUGACGAGCUGGCCAACAGAACAGACAUUUUUGAGCAGGUCUUCAUGUCCACUGCAGUGGAUUUCAGCCAGGACUUGAGCAGCAAGCCAGAAGCCGUGUCAGAGUGUGGAUUCGAGGUGUCUGCUCGCUCAGACAAGGGACAGCUGGCUCAUGCAUCUUGUGAAGCUCCACCAAAUUUACUUUCAAGCACAAUCACAAUUUCUUCAAACACUCUUUCCCAGCAGAGCAGAGAAGAAAAGGAGAUCCAGACCGACCCAGAACCUGUAUCCCAGGACCUACAGAACCUACUUCUUCAGCUACUCAAGUUCCACGGGGCUUCACUUAAAGAUGCAGCUCAGUCUGCCCCCAUCAGCCUCCUCAAUUACCCGGACCUACACACUUCUGCUACCACUGCCAAUAAGGCCGUCUCAGAACCCGCCCGGCCCAGUACGCAUCUCACCAGUCCUGACGCUUCCACAGAUUCUGACACAUGCUGCUCAAAGCCUACAAAGAGCCAUGCCUUCAUGGAGGAGCUGGACAUUGGCAUCCACGAGGAGAAGCCUCGAACGUCUCCUAGACUCGAUGUGGUGGACAAGCGUUACUGGAUCAACAGUUUCCUGAUAGAUCUGGUCGCGGUGGCGGCCCCAGUGCUGCCCACGGUGGCCUGGCUGUACUCUCGACACGGCGUGGAUGGAAGCACUCCAGUGGACAACAUCGCUGCUCUGAUCAGAGGCUGUUGCGUCAUGAGAUUGCACUCUCUUCGUCACGUCGCCCACCGGUCGGAUGCAUAAUGGCUUUCAACUCGCAUGCAAAUGCCCAACUGAAAUAAAUGCACUUAAGCCUAUUUGCAAGAGCAUUAUGGGUUGUUUUUUGUUCUGCACUUAAUCAGGUCAAUGCAGCCACUUUGGUUCCAGCACCGUUAUUUUUGCACAUAUGGUUUCAGUUGGUGAAAAUGUCUGUAUUUGAUUUCUAAGCAGAUCAUCUGGGUAGAUGGUUAUGUGUUGUUGUCCUGUGAUGUCUGUAAAUGUGUUAAGUUCACUUCAACCUGUUUUCGUUUAGGAGGCGAAAGACUGAUGGACACAUUGUUUGGAUUCUUUCUGUUCAUAAACAAACCUUAAACCUUCAGCCAAAGCUUUAAUGCGAGUUCACUGUUGAGUCUCCCCCCCCCCCCCCCCCCCCAACCCCUCCUCUUUUCUGGGAGUAGAGCUUUACUUAGACCAGCCUGUAUUGUUGAUAAAAACCUUUGAUGUAUCACAGCAGCUGAGACUUGUGCCUGAACAAUGUGCAAUACCGGUGGUUUACAUCAGAUGUAUCUUUACUAUUAAAGCAUGAGAAUUGAGAA